AUGGACGAGAAGCUCACUGUUUUCAGGGCAGGAACAAAGGAUGGGCCUUCGUUUUCGUUUUCUAGUGACCACAGCGAACGAGAAAAGAAUGGGGCCGUCCAACAACCACAUGAUGUCUGGAUGGUUACCGAGCCUAAUCUGUACUUUCCUCUCGAUCAAAGAGGAAAAACCACUGUUCGUCUGUUCAAAGCCGAUAUUUGGCCGAGUGACUUUGAUGAGGUAAAGGUGAAAAACCACUCCAAGUACAGUGGAAUAUGCCUUGCUGAAUGUGAAAGUAUAGAACAAUUGAGGGAACAACUGGAAUCACUGGAUUGGAAAGAGAUAAAACUCAAAACUUGUGACGGUGGAAUGUCUCGCAUGGAUUUUAGCACACUCGUAAGAGCCGUUUUGGUGUACAUGAAAGACCAUUACCCAACCACACCUGAUGAAUACAACUUUCAAGCUGAAUUAAAGGCCGCGAGUCAUUGGUAUUGGUAUCCAAAGAGCAAUAAAAAUCCUGGCCACGAGGAAGAAGCUUGUACCUCGAUAAAGCCUCCAGAACUUGUCUCUGGUCCCCACAAAGACAAUCGUGUGAAAAUAGCAGCACUGGAGACUUGCAGGAAAUGGAUCAGUGCCCUUCAAGAGUUAAAAAUGGAAUCAUCGCCACACAAGAGAUCUAAAAGGGUUAAAGAAGAUGAGGAGUCUUCGCCUGACGAGGAUGAAAAUGAGGAACGCAUCUAUGAUCUCGAGGAAAGCAUUUUUGAUUUGAAGACAUACUUUGAUUUCAAAGACGAUGAACUAAGCAAAAGUAGAACUAAAGUCACUGGGAAGCAUUCGUCAGUAAAGAGUAAGAUGGCUUGUCCGAAAAAGUCGUCGGAAACCAAAGAAAUUGCACGGCGGAAAAUUGUACGUGUGAAGGUUAGAGGUCAAGUUAUUUCCCAAACCAAGUGAUUAACGUCAUUAACCAGACUCCAUUUCAUCAAGUUCAAUUAGGCACAUAGUUUGAUACAUCUCUUAAGUACAUGUGUAAUGGCUU